AGUACUUUGAGAUCGAGUCUACAAUGGCGAUGGCUGCAUCCCAACCCGAGCCCUCGGGCCUGGAGAACAUUUCGGCUCUACUAGAGGCCUUCACCGCAUCACUAGAAACCGCCGGAUCAUCACUCCCAAGCACCAAGCGCGAGUCCCCAAAAGAUGUUUCGAUUCUACCACCACAGGAGGGUAUUUCGCUGCUUGACACCAAGUGCGAUCUGCUUCUCUCCUAUCUCCAAAACCUCGUUUUCUUGACGAUAUUCCAAUUAAGGGGGCUAUCCGCUUCGGGAGAGGAUUCCGAAGACGAGGCAACUCAACCACUUCGAACCCAAGUUACACAGAAACUUAUCGAGCUACGUACCUACCUCGACCGUGGUGUCCGACCCUUGGAAGCAAGAUUGAAAUACCAGAUAGAUAAGGUUAUCAAGGCUGCGGAGGACACUGAAAGAUCCGAGAAAGGAGCGCAGGCCGCCACGAAAAAGAGAACGCAAGAAAGCGACAGUGAGCAAGACUCUGGAUCUGAUGCAUCUGGCAGCGAGGAGGAAGAAGAUGAAGAUGAGAUCAACGAAAUGGCAUACCGACCCAAUGUGUCUGCAUUUUCGAAGAACGUCGAGCCCCAGACGAAGAUCGAAAAAUUCUCGCAUAGGGAUUCCAGCGACGGCAUUUAUCGACCGCCCAAGAUUAUGCCUACCGCGAUGCCUACGACGGAACGCAAGGAGCGCAAGGAGCGUGGCUCGCGCCGAUCCAAUGUUAUUGAUGAGUUCGUCAGUGCCGAGAUGUCCUCCGCCCCCGUGGCGGAGGCAAGUAUUGGUAGCACCAUUGUCUCCGGUGGAAGGUACACGAAGUCUAAAAAGGAACGAGAACAUGAGGCAGAGCGUACUAGGUACGAAGAAACCAACUUCAUUCGUUUGGCCAAGGAGAGCAAGAAGGAGCUCGCCAAACGAGGAGCCUCUCGCCGGGCCGAAGGCACCUUUGGAGGCGAAGAAUGGCGAGGUCUGUCGGAGGGUGCGGAUCGGAUUACAAAACUUACGAAGAGAGCCAAAGGAAGUGGGGGGGCACUGGAGAGGAGUCGCAAACGAAGACUUACUGAGGAUGGACAACGCGGCGAUGGGGUUGGAGUUGGUCAGAUCUUCGAGAAGCGACGGAAGAAGGUCGAAUCCUGGAAGUGAUGGCGUAUAUUUGGAGAUACUUUGCAUACACUAUAGAUUCAACACCCGUCAACUAAAAAUGUACAACGAUGAUAUCCG